AUGGAUACAGGUGAUCUGGACGUGAUUGUCGGCGAUUACACGCAAGCACUCAUUGAAAAACUGAACAGUGUUCAUGAGAAAUACUGGCACAGAUCAAAGCAGCCAGUGGUUAUACUAUUAGGCUGGGCCGGCUGUCGGGACAAGUAUCUCUCAAAGUACAGCUCAAUGUAUAACGACCAAGGUUGUGUAACUGUGCGCUACACAGCUCCCCUGAAGACGGUGUUCAUCUCCGAAUCAUUCGGUUACAAGGGGCUCUACAACACAGCACCGAAACUGCUUGAAAUCCUGUACGACUACGAGGUGGAGAACAACCCAAUCUUCUUCCAUGUGUUCAGCAACGGUGGCUUCAUGCUAUACCGCUACAUGGUGGAGAUCCUGCAAAGCCACAAGCAGUGCAGCUCACUGUAUGUCGUAGGCUUGGUGAUGGACAGCACUCCAGGGAACCAGAACAUCCUGGGCACCCUACGAGCUCUCAAAACCACGCUGGGCACAAAGGGCAACGUCCUGCUGCGCUGGCUUCUCUUGGCUCUGUUCGCUGUUUCUGUGGUCCUCCUCAUACCCAUCUUAUACCCCGUGACCAAACAUUUCCACAAGAACCAGGUGCAGGUCGAGAGCUUCGACUUUAUCACACCGCCUCAUGUGAGUCUGUUCCGAGACUGUCCUGAAGAUUAUUCUACGUUUUCGUUUGGUGUGUUUUGUUAUUGCUUAUUUUGA